GAGCAUGCUACCUGAACAAACUCAGUGGCACUUUCGUAGUUAGGUUAGGAUUAGUGUAUAUGUGAUUCUUUUUGUUUCGUAUUACGCAAGAAUUGGUUAGAAAGUGAUUAUCUUGCGAUUGAUGAAAAGCAGAGAAUCCUGCAGUUGAGAUUUAAUUCUUUAGCGAAUGUGUAUUAAAUCUAAACAUGAUACAAUAUUACGAAAAUCAUAAGACAUGAAAAUGAGCGAAAGAUAUUGUUGCGCCCAUAUCGCUUAAAUGUAAUAAAAAUGACGUAUCCCGGAUUAGUAUUACUUGUCGGAGUCGGAGUUGGAAUAGCGACUUUUCUGUAUUACGUAUUCACCGAAAAUAAUCGCACAGAUGGACAGUCAUUAUCGUAUUCGAGGGGUAGCAGAAGGCCAUCAGAAGAUCACUAUGAAGACCGUUCUUGGUCAACAUCGCAUGCAACUGAGAAUGUGUUAUUAAAUAGAAGAAAUUCAUUGAACUCUUCAAAAAGUAAAGAAAGAAGAGAACACGUGACAAAUAAAGACGAUAUAAACAAUUGUUCAAUUUGUCAAUACGCAUUAAUUGAUUCGGAUGUAGUACAACUGCGUCCCUGUAGACAUAAUUUUCACAAGGAUUGCGUUAACGAAUUGACAAAAUAUAAUCCUGGGGCCCUUUGCCCUAAUUGCAGAAGAAAAUUUAGACCCGCGAUAUAAAUACAUCUAUACAUAUAUGUAAAUACAUAUAUGUAAAUACAUACAUAUAAUACUCUUUUCAUCAUUUUGUACAGUUAUUUACAUAUAUUAGUAAUUAUAUAUAAUUUUUUUUCAAUUUUAUAGUUGAAAUGUUUGCAAUAUGGUUAUAGAAAUAUACGAAAUGCACAAUUUUUUUUAUACCAGACAUCUCAUUGUCAGAAUCAAAAAUAUAUGAUAGAUAUAUGCUUUGCAGAAAAAAAUAAAAUUGCUUAAUUAUGCUUAUAAAGUUAUAUAUUAGGGGAGAAUUACUGAAUAUCACUUAAGUUAUUUUUAAUUAUAUUUCUCAUUUGGUACUAAUUUGUAUACAAAUAAACAUUGGAAAUUAUAGCUUGA